AUGUCGUCGUUCGUCGCCACGACAAAUCCCAACUCCUCCCGGGCACAGGCGGUGGUCAGCCAUAACCUGCCACAAAUGCAGGGCAGCCCAGACUUGGACAAUGCAGUCCAUGGACCCCCCGGGAGCGCAUACACCGAGAAGUCGGAGCAGAGAAGCGAAGAUGACGAAACUUUGCAAGGGAAGGAGGAGAAGAUAGAAGCUCGGGUGGGCGACCUUGCUCGACAGCUCACGCGCCAAUCAACUCGGUUUUCUACCAAAGGCACCCUCGAUAAUCCCUUUGCAGUCGACGAUCCGGAAUCGACGCUCAACCCUCACAGCCCCAAUUUCAAGCCCAAGGACUGGAUGAAGAUGCUUCUCGCCAUCAGAUCUCGUGACCCCGAGCGAUAUCCUGACCGUACAGCUGGUGUUGCUUUCAGGAAUUUGAAUGUUCAUGGAUUCGGGUCGCCGACCGACUACCAGAAAGACGUCCUGAAUUCACUCCUCGAACUGGGCACACUGGCUCGCCGACUAGUCGGAAUGAAGAUGCAAAAGAUCCAGAUUCUUCGUGAAUUCGACGGUUUGGUGAAAAGUGGGGAGAUGGUUGUUGUGCUUGGAAGACCUGGUAGUGGUUGUUCCACGUUCCUCAAGACAAUUGCCGGAGAGAUGAACGGUAUUGAAAUGUCUGAAGACUCUGUGCUCAACUACCAGGGUAUACCCGCAAAAGAGAUGCAAAAGUCUUUCCGGGGUGAAGCUAUCUACAACGCCGAGACCGAUGUCCACUUCCCUCAACUUUCCGUUGGUGAUACACUGAAGUUUGCGGCCCUCGCAAGGGCCCCUAGGAAUCGCCUUGAGGGCGUCAACCGGCACCAAUAUGCGGAGCAUAUGAGAGACGUGGUCAUGGCCAUGCUUGGACUUUCCCAUACGAUCAAUACUCGGGUAGGAAAUGACUUCAUUCGCGGAGUCAGUGGUGGUGAGAGGAAGCGUGUCAGUAUCGCAGAGGCAACCCUCAGUCAGGCACCACUCCAGUGCUGGGAUAACAGCACUAGAGGUCUUGAUAGCGCCAAUGCCCUUGAAUUCUGCAAGAACCUUAAUCUCAUGAGCAAGUACUCCGGAACCACUGCUUGUGUCGCUAUCUAUCAGGCGUCUCAGAGUGCAUACGAUGUGUUCGACAAGGUGACUGUACUCUACGAAGGACGGCAAAUCUAUUUCGGACGAACCACGGAGGCGAAGCAGUUCUUUGUGGAUAUGGGAUUCGAGUGCCCUGAGCGUCAAACCACUGCCGACUUUUUAACAUCUCUCACCAGCCCAUCGGAGCGCUUGGUCCGCCCUGGCUUUGAGAACCGUGUCCCUCGUACUCCAGAUGAAUUCGCAGCAGCUUGGAAACAAAGCAGUGCCAGAGCUGCACUUCUCAGGGAAAUUGAAGAGUUUGAGCAGCAGUACCCGAUCCACGGCUCUUCCUAUGAUGCUUUCGUGGACGCCCGGAAGGCCAUGCAGUCGAAGAAUCAACGCGUCAAAUCUCCCUACACUAUCUCAGUGUGGGAGCAGAUCUCCCUGUGCACUGUUCGUGGAUUCCAACGUCUCAAGGGAGACUCCAGUUUAACUGUCAGUGCCUUGGUUGGUAACUUUAUUAUUGCCUUGAUUGUGGCGUCGGUUUUCUACAACCUCCCGGAUACAACGGCCAGCUUUUACUCCCGUGGAGCUCUGUUGUUCUAUGCAGUUCUCUUGAAUGCCUUCUCCAGUGCCCUCGAAAUUUUGACACUCUAUGCUCAACGUCCGAUUGUCGAAAAGCAGGCAAGAUAUGCAUUUUAUCAUCCUUUUACGGAAGCCGUGGCUUCCAUGCUGUGCGAUACACCUUAUAAGCUCCUCAACUCAAUCACGUUCAACCUUCCCUUGUACUUUAUGACAAACUUGCGUCGCACUGCUGGUGCCUGGUGGACAUUUUGGAUCUUUUCAGUUGCCACUACAUAUACCAUGUCCAUGAUUUUCAGAACUAUGGCCGCCACCUCACGAUCUCUCUCGCAAGCACUUGUGCCUGCGGCUCUUUUAAUCCUGGGAAUGGUCAUUUACACAGGUUUUGUGAUUCCCACUCGCAAUAUGCUUGGCUGGUCCCGUUGGAUGAACUAUAUCAACCCGAUCGCCUACUCCUUUGAAAGUUUCAUGGUCAAUGAGUUUUCUGGUCGCCAUUUUACAUGCUCCAGCAUUGUUCCUUCUGGCGAUGGAUAUGACUCCAUAUCCUUGGACUACAGGAUUUGCUCCACAGUCGGUUCCACGGCCGGAUCGGCGAUCGUGGAUGGAACUUCCUACCUGAAACAAAGUUUCGAAUACACUAAAGGACAUGAAUGGCGCAACUUCGGAAUCUUGAUCGCCUUCAUGGUAUUCUUCUGUUUUGUCUACCUUGCUAGCACCGAAUAUAUCUCCGAGGCAAAGUCCAAGGGUGAAGUCCUCUUGUUCCGCCGCGGCCACCAGCCAAAGCUUGGCGAAGCCGACAUGGAAUCUUCAGCUACCCCUGGCGGAGCUGUCAAAGGCGACGCUCCCGCCCAGGACUCGGAAGUUCGCAUUCAGAAGCAAACGGCUAUCUUCCAUUGGCAAGAUGUGUGUUACGACAUCAAGAUCAAGGGUGAACCUAGACGCAUCUUGGAUCAUGUCGACGGCUGGGUGAAGCCCGGGACUUGCACCGCCCUGAUGGGUGUGUCGGGAGCCGGUAAGACAACAUUGCUUGAUGUCCUGGCCACGCGUGUCACAAUGGGUGUUGUUACGGGAGAGAUGCUUGUCGAUGGACGGCCACGCGACCAGUCCUUCCAACGCAAAACCGGAUAUGUACAACAACAAGAUCUGCAUCUACCUACUUCUACCGUUCGCGAGGCUCUCCGAUUCAGUGCUCUGCUGCGUCAGCCGGCCCAUGUUAGCCGACAGGAGAAACUGGACUACGUUGAGGAGGUGAUCAAACUCCUGGGCAUGGAGCCUUACGCGGAUGCGAUCGUUGGUGUGCCCGGAGAGGGAUUGAACGUGGAGCAACGCAAGCGAUUGACGAUUGGUGUCGAACUUGCUGCCAAGCCGCAGUUGUUGCUUUUCUUGGAUGAACCUACUUCUGGUCUUGACAGUCAAACUUCAUGGUCAAUCCUCGACCUUAUUGAUACACUUACUAAACAUGGACAAGCCAUUCUUUGCACCAUCCACCAGCCUUCUGCCAUGUUGUUCCAGCGCUUUGACCGAUUGCUCUUUUUGGCGCGUGGCGGUAAGACGAUUUAUUUUGGUGAAAUUGGCGAAAAUUCCAACACACUGUCCAGCUACUUUGAACGCAACGGCGCCCAUCCAUUGUCCGAGGGAGAAAACCCGGCAGAGUGGAUGCUUGAUGUUAUUGGAGCAGCACCAGGUUCACAUACAGAUAUAGACUGGCCAAAAGUAUGGAAAGAAAGUCCUGAGCAUACGAAAGUCAAGGAGCACCUUGCAGAACUGAAAUCGACACUAUCUACCAAACCCGAGGACAACUCUGACCCCGAAGCUUUCAAGGAAUACGCAGCAGGAUUUGGUGUCCAGCUUUAUGAAUGCUUGCUCCGUGUCUUUGCCCAAUAUUACCGCACGCCAAGUUACAUCUGGUCGAAGACAAUUCUCUGUGUUCUGUCCGCCCUCUACAUUGGAUUUUCGUUCUUCCACGCUCCUAAUUCCAUUCAGGGCAUGCAGAACCAGAUGUUCAGUGUGUUCAUGUUGAUGACUAUCUUCGGUAAUCUGUGCCAACAGAUCAUGCCACACUUUGUCACUCAAAGAUCACUCUACGAAGUCCGAGAACGCCCAUCCAAGACCUAUUCCUGGCAGGCAUUCAUGACGGCCAACAUUUUCGUGGAACUCCCGUGGAAUACCCUGAUGGCCGUUCUUAUGUUCGUCUGUUGGUACUACCCGAUCGGUUUAUACAACAACGCGAAGCCCACUGAUGCCGUUAAUGAACGGGCUGGUCUCAUGUUCCUGCUUAUUUGGGUCUUCCUUCUCUUUACGUCGACCUUCGCCCACAUGGUGAUUGCUGGAAUCGAGCUAGCAGAGACAGGAGGUAAUAUCGCGACGUUGCUAUUCUCCCUUUGCUUGAUCUUCUGUGGUGUUCUUGCGACUCCAUCCAACAUGCCUGGAUUUUGGAUCUUCAUGUACCGGGUGUCCCCAUUCACAUAUUUGGUAUCUGCCAUGCUCUCAACAGGCCUUUCCGGGACUACCGUGACAUGCGAAGCUGUCGAGUAUUUGUCAUUCAACACCCCUGGAAACGAGACGUGUCAGGAUUACAUGUCAUCGUAUAUCAGCGCUAAUGGGGGUUACCUGUUGAACCCAUCAGCCACAUCAGACUGCCAAUUCUGCACUAUGAGCAGCACGGAUACCUUCCUUGCUUCAGUGGUUAGUUACUUCUCGGAUGCCUGGCGCAACUUUGGCUUGAUGUGGGUGUACAUCUUCUUCAACAUUGUUGCGGCGGUGGGUAUCUAUUGGUUGGCUCGUGUGCCAAAGGGCAAGAUGGUGGCUAAGUGA